GAACAUCCUCAACUUCUUCCUAGUAAUUACUAACAUGGAAGAUCAAGAUGAAUUUUGGAGCUGCGCUACAUCUGAUCUUUUCCUCAAGGUGUUUAUCUGUGCAUCUAUUCUGGUGAUACUGAUGGCGGUGACGGCGCUAGUGCUCAAACUACUGGGCUUUUGUGCUGGUUUUGCGGCGGCGGCGGUGCCGGAAACUGCGUCGGAGAGCAGCGGAUUGUUGCCGAAAGAUGUGGGCCCGGUGAUCAUAUACGGCGCGUUCGAAGAAGAGGAUGAAGAGUCGGGGAAAUGCAGCCGGAGCAGCUCGUCGGAGGAUUUGUACGAGGGACACGUCUGCGUAAUCUGCUACGACAAGAAACGAAGUUGCUUCUUCGAUCCCUGUGGUCACUGCGCCACGUGCUAUGCAUGUGCCAAGAGGGUUGUAGAAGAUGCAAGGACUUGCCCAUUUUGCCGAAGAAUUAUUCACAAAGUCAGAAGAUUGUUUAGCCCAUGAAAUUCGAUUACAAAAUGCUGUAACUGUUGUAAACUUUAUAUAGGUUAAUAUGUAAAUGUUAGUUUAACACUCUGGUAUAAUUUGCGAAUUGUUACCAAUAGGCAGAGUUUACUCAAGGUAUACUCUCGAGUGCAGAUGUAAAUGUAAGUUGCUAAGUUGUACAGUUUUCCGUAUAUUAAUAUUUUAUAAAUUCAAACCCAAUUAAUUCCC